CCAAUAUUUUAUAUUUCUUUAACCAUUACUCUUUGAAUUUGCACUUUACACUAUAACCUAUAAAUUUAGAUUUUAAGGUGACUGAUAAAUCUUGGAUUAUUUUUAUCAUGCAUUGUGUUUAAUACUGUGUUCUUAGGAGAAACUCGCCUGUUCUGUUUUGAUCUGACCCGGUCAUAUCUUUACGUAUUAAACGAUGGAUAUUAGAGAACAACGGUCGGUUUCUAGGCAUGCCCAUGUAAAAAUGUCAUGGAUAAAAUAUGAAGUCUACAAGAAUACACCUCAAAUUAGUGUUACAAUACAUCAAACAACAACAGACACUUCAUCUUCUCAAGGUAUUAAGAUCAGCCCAGCUAUUCUUUUCAUUAUUAUAAUCUUGGCUGUUCUGUUUUUCAUAUCUGGUUUGCUUCAUUUGCUUGUGAGAUUCUUGACAAAAUACCACUCUUCAUCCACUACUUUUCAUCAUCAACCUAAUAAUAGAUACACAAAUGGUUCUACUACUGAUACACUUCAAAGACAGCUUCAACAGCUCUUUAAUAUGAAUGAUUCUGGCUUGGAUCAAGCAUUUAUUGAUGCCUUACCGGUUUUCUUGUACAAGGAAAUUGUGGGGGCUAAAGAGUCAUCAUUUGAUUGUGCAGUUUGUUUGUGUGAAUUUUGUGAGAUGGAUAAAUUGAGAUUAUUACCUGCUUGCAGCCAUGCUUUUCAUAUAGAAUGUAUAGAUACAUGGCUUUUAUCGAAUUCAACUUGUCCCCUUUGCAGAAAUGCUCUUUUUAGCCCUGGUAUCUCUAUGGAUAACCCGGUUUUUGAAUUUGAUGAUACGAGGGAAGCAGAGGAGAGACGGUUAGCUGCUGGUUUAAAAACGACUGAUCAGCCUGAACAACUUGUUGCAGAAAAAGGCGUUUUUAUGGUGAGGCUUGGUAAGUUUAGGAGAUUAACUGAAGGUGAAAAGGAAACAGGAGAGACUAGUAGUAGAAAAUUGGAUGCAAGAAGAUGCUAUUCAAUGGGAUCCUACGAAUAUGUGGUUGGCGACAUGAGCCUUAAGCUAGCGUUAAACCACAAAAAAGAGUCAAAAGACCGAAAAAAUGAUCAUAAGAUUGUAGAAGGUGAAGAAGGGGAGGGGAAUUCAAAAGUUAAUGAUGACACGGAAGGAAAAAAGAUCAGUAUAUCAGCGAAAACCGAUAGUUAUUCUGUUUCUAAGAUAUGGUUAUGGUCUAAAAAAGGGAAGCUUGCAAAUUCUUCAGAGAAUCAAAUGCAUAAUCCAUCUUCAGUUGACAUGGAGUUACCUUGGAUGGGCAGAAUGCGAGAGUGAUGGUGGAUACAUACAUGGAGGUAAAUGUGAUCAGCAUGAAGAAUCUUUCUUUCUUGUGAAGGUCUGUUUAUAGCUUUUUUCAUGGUUCUAAAAUUGGUAUGGUGU